AUGGAAACCGAGAUUCCGCCCUCUCAGUUAAUGGCCGACAUGUCACUCAAGGGUGACGACGGAGACGCACGUUUCAUUUCAUCCUCGUCUCCAGGCAGCAGUUCACCCACGCUUUGUGGCAUCGCGGCAUCUCGUGCGUCGCCAACCCUCUCGAAGAGUGCUGCCUCCAAGGAGGAAGCCGGCAACAAGCGGUACCUGAGUGAGGAGGAGCUCAACGAUUUCGACUUGGCCUACCCCCUCGUGCCUAACCCGCAUCAUCGCAAGAACCCCCGCGGCAUUUGCCUCCUCAUCAACCAGCGCGACUUCGAUCUGGCGAAGACUGGACAGGAGCGACGCGACGGCACCGACGUGGACGCUGACAUGGUGGAGAGGACAUUCAUUCGUUGCGGUUACGCCGUGGAACGUGCGACUAAUCUGACCUUGCGGAAGAUGGAGCUUCUCCUUGAUGACGUAAGCUCCCAAAACCACUCCAUCUACGACAGCUUUGUCUGCGUUGUCCUGAGUCACGGCUCGGACGGCGUGAUCUACGCCGCUGACGGCAUAAUUCCCGCCGACAAGUUCGUCAGCUACUUCCGCUCCGACAGGUGUCCAUCGCUGGCUGGAAAACCCAAAAUCUUCUUCAUCCAGGCGUGUCGAGGUAGUCGUUUCGACCCUGGCGUCACCAUGUCCACCGACGCGGGGGAAGGCGGUGUGCUCAUUACCAAACUCCCUGUCGAGGCUGACAUCUUUGUCGCAAAUUCAACUGCUCCCGGCAAGUUCCGCUAUUUACAACCAAUUUGCUACUUCGCGUGGCGCAAUUCUCAGACAGGCAGUUGGUUCAUCCAGGAGUUGUGCGCCGUCAUCAAAGCGGCGAAGGAGUCCGGCAAGAGUCACGACGUGGCCUCCUUGCUGACGGUGGUGGCGCGAAAGGUGGCCCUCCUCUACGAGUCGAACACGGGCCAGCGCAACUCCCACGGCAUGAAGCAGAUGGUCACCGUCAACUCCACCCUCACGCGCAAAGCCCUCCUCGUCUGA